GCCAGUAGGCUGUAGGUUGUAGCGUACCGACGCAAAUGGCCUCCUCCUCCUCCUCCCUAGUCCGGCCUGUCUCUGCCGGCGGUGCCGCUGGACCCUGGCGGCUGGCUCUCCCUCUCCGCCAGAUCUCCACGUCUCCUGGAUUUCGUCAGUUACGCCUCUCCAAAUCCUCAGCCCUCAUCGUGAGGGCUGGUACGAGGGGAAACCCUGGGUCACAACAACCCGUGAGUCUCAAGGAGAAACAAUCUAGUGCUCCUACCUCGCAAGCCGAAGAGGAGGUGGAGGAGGACCUUCCAUGGAUCCACGAGAAGGCGCUCGACCUGGUUGAGUUCACCGGGACGGUGACCCAAGCUGUCCCGGGGCCUAGGGUUGGACAGAGCAAGCUGCCGUGGCUCCUGGCAGUCCCUUUGGCUUGGUUAGGCCUUUCCUUCGUGAUUGGCUUUGGGAAGGCAGUGAGGAAGUUCACUUCGCCCAGAGCACAACGCAAGAGAUUGGUCAAUAAGAAUGCUUUCUUAUUGAAAUCAAUAGAUGAAUUGUUUCUGAAGGGAAAGAAUGAAGUAAAUAAUGCGGCUCUGAAAGAGCUUAUGCAAAAGACAGGUUUCAACAUAGAAGAGAUUCUAAGAAAGUACAUUAGGUAUGCUUUGAAUGAAAAACCUUUCAACCCUGACUUGGUUGUGAACCUUAUACAUCUAAGAAAAUCAUCAAUGCUGGAAGAUGCUCAAGUUGCAGAAAUAUUGAAUGAGGUUUCAAGGCGAAUUGUCAAAGAGAAAGGGCCUGUGGUGAUGGACCUGUCAGGUUUCACAGAGAAGGGUUUCAAACGAAAACUUGCUGUCCAAGUGUUAUUUGGAAAGAUCUUUUACUUGUCUGAGCUUCCAGAAUUUUGCACAAGGGACAGCUCUCUCAUUGUCAAGGAAAUAUUUGGGGUCACAGAUGAGGAUGCAGACACUCUUCGCAUUCACACGCUUUCCGAAACAGAUGCCACACACGCUUUCCGAAACAGAUGCCAUUGAAUCAGCCAAGAAGAUGGUCGAUGAUUCUAGCUCCGAGGAUCACGAUGAUUGACUCAUCAUUCAAAUGUUUAAAAAUGCAAUGCAGGACACUUAAAUUCAAAGCUUUGAGAAUCAAAUUCACCAACCUUUUCUUUCCAUGCUCCUUGUUAUCAUUCCCUGAAUAUUGGACAUCCAAAUCAACUGAUUUGAUGGAAGAUAUACCGAAAGGAAAAGGGCAGAGAAGGAAUCCAAUUUUGUACUCUUCAUUCGGCAUGACUACCUGCCCUAGUAGAGCUACGAAUGAAACUGUGACAAAUAUGUGCCAUAUCUUGUGGGUUCACCACUGCGAACUAUCUACUUAAUUGUUUUUAGUUUCAUCAUUUUAUAUACAUACAUACCAUCAUUUCUCCUGCGAUGUUAUUUGAGGUCACGUUUGAUUUAAAUACUAUAUCUACUGAUGGCUUUGAGUUUAUCAAUGCCAUGUUAUUUGUUUU